AGAGGAUGAGCGACAUUGUGGGACUCCUCCUGAUGCUCCUGCGUGAGGAAGACGCCUUCUGGGCCCUGGCCCAGCUGAUGAGCUUGGAGACCCACGCCAUGCACGGGUUCUUCGCUCCGGGAUUCCCAAAGCUGGCCCGUUUCCAGCGGCAUCAUGACAGCAUCAUGGAGAAGGAGCUCAGAGGCCUGAAGAAACACCUGGCGAGUAGACGCUCCCCGGAGGCCCUGCCCUCACGGCCCGGGGCAGGGGACGAGCAAGGGAUGAGCGCGGGGCUGUACACCACCAAGUGGUUUCUGCAAUGUUUCAUCGGGCGGGUAAGGCCCUCAGGCAGACCUGGUCCCUGACCUGCUCCCGGCCCCGGGCCCAGGGGAAGCCCGAGCUCAGCCUCACGCUUCAGACCAGCCAGGCCCGACCCCGAAGGCCCCGAGCCAGAGGCUCACGGUCCAGACCCGUCCUGCAUACUCCAAGGUCGUCUGGAGCCCAUCUUCCCCAGGAGGAGGACACCCACGGGACAGGCUGCAGAGCCCCGUCCGACGCAGCCAGGGGGACAGCAGGGGCAGGGCAGACGGGAGGCCUUCACACAGGAGGAGAACCCCUGGGCCCAACUGAGGCGGCUCCCCCCACACCCGCUCCCCCGCAGACCCCCUUCACGCUCACCCUGACGCUGUGGGACGCCUACAUGCUGGACGGAGCGCGCGUCCGCACGGCUAUGGCCUACACCGUCCUCAGGCUGCACCGCAAACGCCUCCUGAAGCUGCCCCUGGAAGGGCUGCAGGGCUUCCUUCAAGACACCCUGGCCCAGCCCUGGGCCCUGGAGGAUGAGGCGGUCUUCAGACACCUUCGGGCCUCCAUGGCCCAUCUCCGAAGGAGGAAGUGCGACCUGCCCCCUCCAGCCGGCCCUGAGGAUCCUGCUCCCCAAGAUGCCCCUGGCCAGGAGCAGAUGUCCCCAGCCCCGACGGCCCUCCUCCCUGCUCCUACCCUGGAGACGCUCUCCGGAGCAGACGGGCUGGCCUACCCAGACCCAGCCACACACGCUGAGCAGCUGGGACCCCUUCCACGCCAGGCCAUGAUCAAGGCCGAGCAGCCGCUGCGGGAGGGAAGGUCGAUGCAGUCCUUGGCUCCACCCCUGCGGCCGGGAGCACCUGGGACCCUGGUUCUGUCGCGGCUGCCCCUGCAGCCGCACACCCUCCCCAACCUCCCAGGACCAGGGGGUGUGUGCAGGGGGCCUGUGGACAUGGCCUUGAGGCCACAACCAUGGGCCCCUUUUCCUUCAGCCCCUGCCAGGGCCACCCGUGUGGCCACACCCCAGACCAGGCCCCAAAGCGUCUCUGGGUCUCGUGGGAUGAGGUCGCCCCAGCCCAGGAAGGAGGACGCAGUAGCCCGGGACACCCUUCCUGCCUGGGGCCUCCGCAGCUCCUGCCCCUGUGUGCGCUUGGACCGGCCCAGCCGAGACACCUGCGGGCCAGUGCAGAGCCCGCAGCCCCAGGGCCCUGCACGUGCCUACCCGCUGACCGUCUCCUCGACGCGCAACGUCGAUUCCCCAAGGCCUCUGGAGAAGAGCUUGGGGGCCGAGAGGCUCUGGGCAGCCAGCACGGUGCCCUGCCUCCUCACUCUCGACUUUUUAGAAGAUGGCACCCUCGCCAGGAGGUACAAGUCACUGACCUAGAGGGACCUCCGCUGGCCUGACCCCAGGCCCGGGGGAGCAGAGACGACACAAGCUCCCCACCCCCACAAUGACCAGAAGGAGAACUGAGGGGUCUGAGGCCCUGAGUUCUGACCCAAAGCUGGUGAAGUCCACGGAGAACUCUCUGUGUCCGCCUGGGGACUGGGCGUGCCCCACAGGUUCACGACUCCCACCUAGGGCAGCGCUGGGGACCACAGGUCACCCCAGCCUGGGCACAGCAGGGACGAGGAGUGGGCUCCGCCCUCCCCUCGCCCACAGGAGGAGGCCAGGGCCACCAGAGCCCAGGACUCCAGCGAUCACCUGGCAGCCAUGGGGCACUGGCCGAGGCCAGGCAGACGUGUCGGGACCCUGUCCGGGAUCCCUGACGCUGCUCAGGUCAGCAUCCUAGCACCCGCCUCUCAAGACCCCAAGGUCGGGAAACGUGUCGACACCCGCAGUCAGCACAAGUGGAGGCGACAAGUGGGGGACGCUAGCGCCCAGGCCUCUGUGCGAUUUCCCCCUUCCCCCGAAGGAGAACCAGGUCUCCGUCCCCAGGGGAAGGCUGGCACCCUUGUUUCUGAGCCCCUGUUGACUGCUGACAUUCAAUAAAGUGUUGUUGAGGUCGAACGCAAAGCCGGCCUGACGUGUGAAGCCCAGACGCUCUGCGAGACGUGCCACACAGACACCCAGACAGAACAGGGUGGCUCGGCCCAGGCCGCCUCCCCAGUCCCCGCAGGGCUCCCUGCAGAGGGGCCUCCAGGCAGACAACGCGGAG